GCACAGCGACCCCUCGCGCUCGGUGAGGACUGCGCAGCCGCAGUCACUCGGAAUAUCCAGUUUCUGUGACUCASAGGAUGCUGGCUAUCGGGAGGGGAGGCUAGCCGCUGGACUGCGCUCUGUAGAUGCUGGACAACAGUAGAAACAAGAAAGCAGCAGAUAUAACGAUGGACGGGUUUGCAGGAGACAUGCUGCAGGACAGCUCGGUCAUGGCCCGCAUGCAGAAGAAGUUCUGGAAGACCAAGCAGGUCCUCAUCAAGGCCACGGGCAAGAAGGAGGACGAGUACGUGGUGGCUUCAGACGCAGACCUGGACGCAAAGCUCGAGUUUUUCCGCUCUGUUCAGAUCACCUGCACAGAGCUGCUGAAGGUCAUAGAGAAGUACCAGCACAGAAUCACACGUUUGUCCCAGGAGGAGAACGAGCUCGGGCUGUUCCUACACUUUCAAGCUGAGCGCGACCGCACAAAGGCGGGCAGCAUGAUGGACGCCACCAGUAAAGCUCUGUGUGCGUCAGCCAAACAGAGGAUGGCGCUCUGUCCUCCGUUGCACCGCAUGCACCAGGAAGUGGAGACCUUCCGACGGCGAGCCAUCGCCGACACGCUGCUGACGGUCGGUCGCAUGGAGAAGUCUCGCACCGAGUACAGAGGAGCACUGCUCUGGAUGAAGGACAUCUCUCAAGAACUGGACCCAGACACCUACAAACAGCUGGAAAAGUUCCGCAAAGUCCAGGCUCAGGUCAGAGAGACUAAAGGCCAGUUUGAGAAACUGAAGAAUGAUGUCUGUCAGAAGGUGGACAUGCUGGGAGCAAGCCGCUGUAACAUGCUGUCCCAUUCCCUCUGUACAUACCAGCACAAACACACACCACCAUAGCCUUGUGGGCGCUGCACCACCUCAGAGGACUGUCCCCAGACCCUGACGACGACCUGAUGCUCAUGAGCGCGGACCCUGCCCCCCUGCAGCCACAGCUCCUGCCCCCUUCACAGCCCAGAGAGCAGCAGGAGCUGUGUGAUCUGGGAAGCUCUGCUGCCUCUGAAGGUGGUCUGCUGUCAGGGGGUCUGUCCCUGCCCUGUGAGAGCGGUCUGAGGGAGGAGGAGGAUGCUGAGCGCAGCGACAUGGCCUUCCUCACAGACCUCCUGAGCCUGGGUCCAGGAGGCAGUGAUGAGUUCAGCAGAGAGUGGCAGGACGCGUUCGGGAUGUUCGACCCUCCCAGCGUCCCCGCGGCGAGCGGCGGUCCRGCAGCUCGACCCCCCUCCAACCCUCCCAGCCCCACAGGCUUCCUGCCCUCUCAGCUGCUGGAUCACAGCCUGAGCUCCACAGGCUGGGCCACCCCGCCCAUGUUCCAGGCUCCGCCCCUCCAGCUCCCACCUGCUCAGAGCCAGGCAGCUGCUCAACCUCCAGCUGCAGCAGCUAACGCUGCUUCAGGAGGAUCCAAAGACAUGUCUGCCUGGUUCAACCUGUUCGCUGACCUGGACCCGCUCUCCAACCCCGACGCCAUCGGCCGCUCUGCAGACGAGCUGCUCAACGCCUGACCUCCCCUCGCCUCGGCCACGCGUCACGUUUGUUCCACAGGUUGUGCACAAACACAUCUGGUCUCAGUGCCUGUUUACAGCCCACCCACACCUCCUGAGGGGUCCUGGCUCAGUUCUGCUCUCUGCUGUGUGUGUGUGUUGUGCUGUGUGUGUGUGUUGUGAAGGUGGGCUGUGAUUGGACGAGCCUGCAGUGAUGAAGCACAGCCAGCCGGCUCUUUUUAACCACCUCAUUGAUCCCCUCUCUGUUGGCGGCCCGUCAGGCAGCAGUUUCAGCUCAGCUCUGUGAGGCUGCAGUUCUCUGGGCCUCGGCACACUCAUCUGUUUGCUUUAGAACCGGUCCAGGCUUCUUCUCAGCCCAAGAAAAACAGCUGAAGGUGAAAAACUGCUGACAUGGCUUCAGCUACAACUUCAACCAAUCCAAUAAAUCUUCUUUUUCACCAGCUGUUACCGUUUCUUGAACACCUUUAGUUCAAAUACCACUUUUUAAACUAUUGUCUUUAGGCGUGAUUUUUCAUCUCUUCACAGCAACGUUUGAAGCACAUGAUGGUUCAUCAGGGUUAGUCAGAAGGGAGGUUUGUACUUCAUUUACAAAGUUUCAGAUUAAGUGUUGAAGUCUGAGAUUAGAAGGGGAAUCAAAUAGUCCUUGGUGCAAAAACCUACUAUGUUUUGUGUAAAUGAUUUCAAACGUCAAAAUAAAUCACUUUAAUAAGUAAAUUAAACACAUAAAACAUAAAUGGGGCUGAAUAUAACCUGAAAAUAUCUUAAAAGUCCAAACCAUUUGAGCUGCAGUGAUGGUUAAAGUGGACAAUAGAAAAAUAUGGUAACAUCGGCGCUCUUAUUGUGAAGGACUGAAGGAAGUUCUUAGAGUCCUGCUGUAGAAAAAAACUGCACUUUGAACUGGUUCAAACAAAAUGCUUCAUGUUAUUAUGAAAUUAAUUAAUUA